AGGAAGGAGGAAGUUGGAAAGCAUCAAGUUAAUGCAAGUGCAGCAACUCCUGAUGAACCCGAUGAGAAGCAAGAGACAGCCGAAGAUGUACUUGCAAAGGUUCAGUGGCUAAAGGACAACUGUGCACCUACUACCAAAGUCAAAGAGUACAUGUCAUUGACAUCAAAGCACAGGGCAGAAUGGGUGAAAGAUAGGGAGAGAACUGUUGCAGAAAUCUUGGAGGAGUUCCCCAGGCUGCUUGGUAUUGGGAUGAUUGAGCAAGACUUCCAGCUGAUGUACCCAAAAGUUGCUGACAGACUGACUGACAAAUGGGGCGGCUUGUCGGACUCACUGAUAGAUUAUGCCACACAGAUGUUUCCUCUUUGGAAGGAUGUGUUAGGUCUUGAUGCCAGUACUGAUGUAAAGAAACUGACAGAAGAUGAGAAGAUCAACCUGUCAUUCUUUGUCAUUCCAAUGAUAUUUGAUGGCUGCGACAAAAAGAAAACUGGUGGCAGAUUUGGGCCAAAGGAAACAAUGAAAGCCUUUAUUGAUGUACAACUGGAUAUUGUGCACAUGCCAACGUACUUAGAAAAAAUUGACGCGACAAAACAUCCUCAGCCAUUCCUGCUCGUCCUGUACAGUGAAUCAGUGCUAAAACCUUCCAGUGUAUUUGUGAUUAUUGAGAAGAACACAAUUCCGCAACCAUCCCUACUGAAGGCCAUAGAUGUCUGCUAUAAGGCUCACUUCAUACUCGACUGUAAAUACCAGCAACUUUGCACAAGUGUGUGGAAAUUCUUUGAGAGGUAUAUUUUCAACCAGCCUGGAAUUCCAACAAACAAAGACAGUCCAACUCUAAGAGCCCUGAGGGCAUUUUUGGCUUUCCGAAAUUUUCCAUGAAAGCUUCCCAGAUUGACCAUGGGCUGUUUGACAUUUUGUUGUUUACCUAUUCAUUCAUUCCUUGUUACAGUGCAGACUCAUUAAUGGUCAUGACAUUUGCCUUGUUUAGAAUCGUAUGACUGUCAAGAAAUUAGAUAGUAAGACUAUGGGGGGAAAACAUGGUUGU